GCGCGCGGCCCGGAGGGCUCAGCAGGAGCAGACUCAGGUGGAUCCCGGCUGCCUGAGCCCUCCCCUCGCUCUACUGCUCCGCAGUGCCCAGGCCAAGGGCCGCGGAACUAGCCCCGCAGCCCGUGAAUGGUCACGGGGGGCUCUCGGGGCAGGGACCCUGGGGGUCUGCAGCCUGGCUACGCUUCCCGAAGGGCUCUGCGCCGCCCCGUGAAUGUGUUCGGAGCUUUCGGGUCUUCCCCCGGCAGCCCACGCGUGACACGGCAGUUGCCGGACCUGGGCUCCGGCUCAUCCACCAGCCUGGCUCGGAGAGCGGCCGGCAAGUGCUGCCGCAGCACCUGCAGGAAGCAGCGAUGGUCCGGUCCCGGGUGGGACGUUCCUGCCCGAGCCGGUCCGCUCGGGGCUGGCUCGCGGGCGGUGCGAGGAGCGGAGCGAACGCGGCUGUCCGGGCUGCGGGGAUCCCCGGGCUUCCCAUUCGAAGUGCCGCCCUCCCCGCGGCGAUGCUGGAGCGGGUGCUCCACGGUGCGAGGCAGGGGUGGGCCCCUACGUGGCACGAGCAGGGCAAAGUGCACCUAAGGGGGAGCCGAGAAACGCGGCCCGAGUAGUAGUGAACCGCCCACCGCCGCCGCCAACACGCGUGGGGGCGUUGGCGGGUUCUCGCCCAUGCCCCGCUGAGUGCCAGGGGCACUUCUGAGUGUAGCUGUGACUAGCCGUGUUUGGCCCACACGGGCAGCCACGGCUCGUGGCCGCCCUGACCCUCCCUUUGUAGCCGCUGCACCUGAGAGCACAGCGAGCAUCUCCCGCGUGGGCAAGCCGCGCGCGCUCACACCCACUCGCGGCCGGCGGCCCUGCCCACGUGAGCCAUGUUAACGCAGCCACCCUGCCUGGACUCUGAACAGCAACAGGAAGAGGAACCACCUCGCUCGCUGCUGCCGCCGCCGCCGCCGCCCGCCUGCCUCCUCCCCACGGGCGACGGGAGCGGAGCGGCGCGGCCCCUUUAAGAGCCCAGCCACGUGCAGCGGGGAGCCGGGCGCCCCGGGCCGGCGGGGACCGAGCCCUGCGGGCCGGCGGCUGCGUUUGCCCGGGCUCCCAUGGCUCCUCCCGGCGCCUUCGGACACCUGAGCCUGGCGCUGGGCGCCGCCGUGGCAGCCCUGGGAUCGAUCCUCCUCAUCGCCUGGAGAACGUACUUCCCCGGCGGCGGCCGCUGGGGGGCGCGCUGGGAGCCGCCGCUGGCCGCGGGGCAGCUGGAUUUCUCCAUGCGGCAGGUCCUGGUGCUGGGCCUGGAGGGAGCUGGGAAGAGCAGCAUUCUCCACUACAUCUCCAGCGAGGCAGCCAAGGACCGCACAGCUCCCACCCAGGGCUUCAACUCCGUCCAAGUGUACGCAGACGGCUUCCAGAUCGACCUGCUGGAACUUGGCGGCAGCCAGAACCUGCGAUUUUACUGGAACCAGUACCUGAGUCAGGCCCACGUGCUGGUGUUCGUAGUGGACUCUGCAGACAGGCCACACCUUCCCGCAGCUCGACAGGAGCUGCAUUGGCUGCUGGCUGAGGAUCCUCAGUUGCCCUUGGUCGUCCUGGCCAAUAAACAGGACAAGAGUGAUGCCCUGAGCAUGGCUGAACUGCACCGGGAGCUGGCCCUGCACACGCUGAACGGACAGAGGGAGUUCUUCCUGCUGCCCACGAGCGCCACCCACGCCGCGCUGGCCACUGCCACCAGCAUCCAGCGCGUGAAGAGUCUGCUGGUGGAACUGCUCUCCCAGCUCUGAUGUGCUCGUCACACCGUAAGGACGGGCAGGUUGGACUGACCCUGCGGUGCUGGACUGGAGACUGCUGGCUCUGCACUGACAGGCCAGAGCUGCUCUAAGCCCAUGCUGCUAUCCCCCAUCGGGUUCUCUGUGCGCCCCCUUGGGGCCUAUGCAAGCUGCCCUCAGCACGCAGCUGGCCGGCCCAAUCAUGGAGCUGUGGCGAGAUGGGAGAACAGCCUUUGUCCCCACGCAGCCCAAGGGCAGAGUGACGUUUACACACAAUAUCCCCAACCUCCCGCAGCAGGGGGAAUGGGCACCAUUCAGCCUGGUGCACAUGGCAUGAAAGGAGCCAUGCAGUUCCACAACUCAGACUUUAAG